AUGGGCAACUGUGAUUCGGCGACUGCAGAGAUGAGUAAAAGAAGCCGAAAAAUCAACGCCAUUAUCGAACAGGACAAGAAAGCGGAAGAAACCGUCAUUAAACUCCUUUUGUUAGGGUUCUUGUGUAGUGUAGUUGGGAAGAUAUUGGGCCUUGACAACGAGGAGGAAUUUGCUGAAAUAUGCAUGCUAUCAAAUACUACAAGAUAUUUUCAGUCAUCUGAAGAGGACGGAGUUAUAAAAACGAUCAUCCACGAUAAUGGUUUCUCGCAGGACGAGGCAGCACAGAAGUUAUCAGUAGUUUGCGCAAAUACGGUACAGUCUAUGGGAGCUCUCAUCGAUGGAAUGAGAGCGCUCAACAUAUCCUUCGCUUCAAAACAGUGCACAGAAUAUGCCGCGCUUGUUAUGAAAACUCUGGAAAGGAAAGAAGAAUUUCAACCGCUCACCGAAGAAAUGUAUAAGGCAAUAAAGACUCUAUGGAACGACAAAGGUGUUGAAGCCGCGUUUGAGAAAAGAGACGAGUUCUACCUUCAUGAUUCUGCUAGAUAUUUUCUCGACUCUCUGGAUAGGAUAUAUGACAAGAAUUUCGUUCCGACCGAACAGGAUAUAUUGCGAACCCGCAUUGCAACUAUGGGUGUUAUCGAAGUCUGUUUCACUAUGAAGAAUAAGCUGUGGAGAGUAUUCGACGUUGGUGGUCAACGUUCGCAACGAAAAAAAUGGAUUCAUUGUUUCGACGACGCAAAAGCAGUGAUCUACGUUGCUUCUCUAAGCGAGUACGACCAAGUUUUGUUGGAGGAUGACACGACGAACCGGAUGCAAGAAUCACUGCAGCUGUUCCGCCAAGUGAUCAAUAACAGGUACUUCGUCAACACAUCGGUGAUUUUGUUCCUCAACAAGAAGGAUCUCUUUGAAAAGAAAAUAGGACAUGGAAGAUCGUUGCGGAUAGCUUUCCCGAACUAUAAAGUAGCUCAGACCCUAGGCCAAGAAACCUGCUUACGUAGCUCUUACGAGGACCUUUUGGGCGCACCAACCCUCCUUUUCCCAAAAAGAGUUGCCUCGUCGGAUAUUUUUGGCAUUGAUUCAUGUUCACGGAUUAAGUCCACUUUGCGUUGUUUCAUUUCAUCAAUCCUACAAGUGUCAGGAGUCGCCUUGUGUCAGGAGUGGCAUCACUCCAAGGUGGAAGAAAAACCGAAAAUGAUCGUGGUCCAAUCGUGGUGCGUCUGGCCAAACGAACCCGGGAGCUGGAUCAGCGGGCAAGAAAGUUUUGCUGUGCCUUUGGUGGGAUUGGAAGGCGGUGAAAACUACGAUGAAGCAGCCAAAUACAUAGAAGCGCAAUUCAUGGCGGCAAAUGAGAAUCGGGAGAAGUCGAUUUACACUCAUCUCACUUGCGCCACUGAUACUCAACAAGUGCAAUUCGUUCUGGACAGUGUUCUGGACACAAUCUUGUCUUCCAAGCUUAAAGGAUGUGGGCUGUACUAA